UUCUCUCUAUAGACGAAGAACAAUUCGUAAUCCACUUCAGGUAAUCAGUUUGCCCCAGGCUGUGAAUGAAGAAAGCCUGUGGGGAGCCCUGGCAGCACAACAAGGAACCAGCACGAAACUGGUCUACACCUCCUUCUCCGCCUCCUCCUCCCACCCUCCCUCAGUCCUUAUUGCCGCUAUCGCCGUAUAGUAGUUCCUAAACAGAUUCACCAACCAACGACUGUUGAGGGAACGGCAAGCCUGGACACCACGAACGAAACGGAUCCCGCACAAAACGACAACAAAGAAACCUCAUACCUUUCCAGACAUCGAAUCUGAGAUUCGUCAUCUGAUCUGAAGAGAGAGAAAUCACAUCAACCCCCAAACAAAUUCAUCAUCUUGGAUCCAUCCUGCCGAUUUCUUGGUGACAAUCCUGUACCAAUGGCCAGCAUGUCGUGCACCACCUCCACCAGCCUUCCCAAGGGCUUCUCCGUCCUUCAGCCUACUCUCGGUGCCCCUCUAUCUUGGAUGCCCGCCGUUGGAACCGCAGAGCUGGAGCAGCUCAUCAAUGCCUACCUACCCGGCCCCGCCUCUGCACAGGAGAAGCGAGCCGCCAUCUCCAUGGACUUUUUUGAGCACUCUGCCCAGACUGGUGAGAACUUCAAGUACUACCCCGUCAACGCCGCCAGCCACUCUCCAGCCAGCUCUUCUUCUGCCUACAACACCUCUCCAGCUAUGUCCGAUCUCAGCUACUACAGCUCCCCAUCGCAGUCCUCCACUCCGUCUGCCUCGGCAGCGAGCAUGGCCCGCCGCUCUUCUCAAAAGUCUUCUGCUGCUGCUGCUGCCAAGGGUGUUGAGCGCACCGACUUCUCUCACCUGCCCGGCAUGAAGAUCAUGACCACCACCGGCGAGGACGUGACCAACUCUGCCUCGAGAGGCUGCAAGACCAAGGAGCAGCGCGAGCACGCCCACCUCAUGAGGGUGCUCAAGGCCUGCGACGCCUGCAAGAAGAAGAAGAUUCGCUGUGACCCGAGCCACAAGCGGAGAUCGGCACCCCAGGCCAGGAGUGCGAAGCCCGAGUCUGCUACCAAGCUGACAAAAAAGGCCAGAAAGUCCCCGGCGACGACCUCGACUCAAUCAGCAGCUUCACUAUUUACACCUGCUCCCGAGCCAUCUUUCGACCUGGACAUGAUGGCUGACCUCACUGGUUCUUCUCUUGACCAGUCGUGGGAUGAGUUCCUGUCCUUCAACGACGAGCCUAUCAAUGCCACCAUCUCCCAGGAUUUCUAUGGCGCCGUGCCACAGGACUUGGACUUCUUCUUCUUGGGCGGCGACAACCAAUUCUCUCCUGCCGACUCUGGCUCUUCUGGCUUCACCAACUCGCCAGCUGUGCCACUGACCCCAGUUGCCACGACCCUUAUCCCCCACUCCGACCUCAUCGCCUUUAAUGGCAACUCACUAUAUGCACAAGCAGGCGAUCAAGAGCCUACUCUGCCAUAUCUGAAUGAUGGUGCCCACGGCAGCAACUACGUCGACUUCAACCUCUACUCACCUUCGUCUAGCUUCGUUGAUGAAGAGCCCCAGAAACUGAAGGCAGGCGACAAGAGGAAGGCAUCUGCCAUACAGAACGCGUCGGCAGAAUCUCGGUACACCGGCCCCAUCGCCAGCUCUCCCGCUGGCCUGAACGAGUCACAAUCAUCCAUCAGCCUCCGUGAUGGGCAGCAGUGGUAUAUUGAUCACUCUCGACCCACCGCUAUCCUCCCGACCGGAUUAGAAUGGGAAGGUUCGGGUGCUGGGGAGCAGCAUGGCGGCACAUUGUCCGUCGAUCUGCUAGAUGACGGCUCUUUCACCCAACGACCAUGGCAUGCCAACGAUGGCGGUCAUGGAGAUGCCCGCGCCGUCAAGACUGCGGCUGCGGCUGCGGCGAGAUCCCAUGGAUUGUCACUACAACAACAACAAGUCGCGAGCAACCACUCGCCAGCGACGUCCUCAUCUCCAGGGGAGGAUACUGCAACCAGCGCGGCGGCGACCACCGUUGCCUCGUCACCACAGUCCCCAAGAACAGCCCGCCCACAAGUGGUCGUCCAACAACGGGACAUCACUUCGUUCCGCGGCGUGGCCCGCGUCAGCCCACGGACA